AUGGCACUCACGGAUCCGGAUUCUAUUGGUUUCAUUGGCCUUGGAGCCAUGGGGAUGUGGAUGGCAGAUCAUUUAGCUGAGAAGCUGCCACCUACAACCCGUUUAUUUAUUUACGAUAUUAUGACACCGCUGAUGAAUGAAUUAUACGCAAAGUAUCCGCAGAAGGUGGUCCGGUGUGUCAGUCCGAAGGAUGUUGCGGAUCAAUCGGAAAUAAUUCUCACAAUGUUACCAGAAGGGAAAGACGUCAAGACGGUCUAUCUAUCAGCAGAAGGAAUAUGCUCCGCGGAGCUGAAAGAAAAGCUUCUAAUCGAUUGCUCAACCAUCGACACAGCCAGCUUCCUCGAAAUAAGAGACCAUGUAACCAAUCUCUCACCGUCUACACUCUUCUACGAUGCCCCAGUCAGCGGGGGUGUAAUCGGAGCAAAAAGCGGCACACUCGCAUUCUUCCUUGGAUGCCGUGAAGAUGAAUCACUCGAACUUCGCCAAGUAACCGGGUUACUAUCUCUAAUGGGCUCCACGGUAAUUCCAUGCGGCGGCCCAUCCCUCGGACUCGCAGCGAAGCUCUCCAAUAACUACCUCUCUGGUAUCAUAGCCAUUGCCUGCUCCGAAGCUAUGGAUAUGGGGAUGCGCUCGGGACUCGAUCCCCGCACAUUAGCAAAGGUUUAUGCGGCUGGUACAGCGCAGAACACUGUUUGUGAUAGGUUCUGUCCUGUACCGGGUGUUUAUCCUGAAGCCCCCUCUUCGAAUGGGUAUCGAGAUGGAUUUAAGAUUCAGUUGAUGCGAAAGGAUUUCUCUUUGGCGGUUGAGAUGGCGAGAAGGGUGGAGGCGAGGAAUGUGCUUGGUGGUGCGGGAUUGACUAUAUAUGAGGGUGCUAGUGAGGAUGUGCGGUGUAAGGAUUUGGAUUCCAGGGUUGUGUUUCGUUAUUUGGGGGGAAAUGAAAACUGGGGAAAUAAUGAGGAAGGGAAUGCCUGA